AUGGAGACGGUGAUGGAGCGGGAGUGCAGCGCGCUGGGGGGGCUCUUCCAGACCGUCCUCGGGGACAUGAAGGGAAGUUACCCUGUGUGGGACGACUUCAUCAGCAAGGCCAGCAAACUGCAGUCCCAGCUCAGGUCGACCGUCGUGGCGGUAGCCGCCUUCCUGGACGCCUUCCAGAAAGUGGCCGACCUGGCGACAAACAGCCGAGGCGGGACGAGGGACAUCGGUUCAGCUCUCACCAGGAUGUGCAUGAGGCACCGAAGCAUCGAGGCCAAGCUCCGCCAGUUCUCCAUGGUGUUUCUGGACUGUCUGAUCAACCCACUCCAGGAGCAGAUGGAGGAGUGGAAGAAAGUCGCCAACACUCUGGACAAAGACCACGCCAAAGAGUAUAAGAAGGCUCGUCAGGAGAUCAAGAAGAAGUCGUCCGACACUCUGAAGCUGCAGAAGAAAGCAAAGAAAGGCCGUGGCGACCUGCAGCCUCAGCUGGACAGCGCCAUGCAGGACGUCAGUGAUAAGUAUCUUCUGCUGGAGGAGACGGAGAAGCAGGCGGUGAGGAAGGCUCUGGUGGAGGAGAGGACUCGCUUCUGCUGCUUCGUCACCAUGCUGAGGCCGGUUGUGGAGGAGGAGAUGUCCAUGUUGGGGGAGAUCACUCACCUGCAGUCGCUGACCGACGACCUGAAGGCUCUGACCAUGGACCCUCACAAGCUGCCGGCCUCCAGCGAGCAGGUGAUCGCGGACCUGAAGGCCUCCGACUGCACCUGGUCAUACCAAACUCCGCCCUCAUCGCCGAGCACCACAGUCUCCAGGAAGUCCAGCAUGUGCAGCAGCCUGAACAGCGUGAACAGCAGCGACUCCCGCUCCAGCGGCUCACACUGUCACUCCCCCACCUCCCACUUCCGUUACCGCGCCUCCUCCUCCUCCUCCUCCUCGGUGCUCCCCCAGCAGCCACCGGCCCGCCUCUCCUCCGUCUCCUCCCACGACUCUGGCUUCAUCUCCCAGGAUGCCUUCCAGUCCAAGUCGCCUUCGCCGAUGCCUCCGGAAGCCUCACAGGACUGGGCCAAACCAGGUCCCUACGACCAGCCCAUGGUCAACACCCUGAGGAGGAGCAAGGACAGGAGAGAGACUACAGAUCCCAGCAGCCACCAGGGCGCGGAUGUCACUACACCAGGGGAGGAGCCACACAGGGUUAAAGGAAGCCACUCCCUCACAUCGCCCAAGGAGGACAGGGAGGUCCAUGAGGAGCUGGCCCGGGUUCUGGCCCGUGGUCUCCACCUGGACAUCCACGGCUCCAGUAGAGACUCGCUGCAGGGCUCCAGCGGCUACAGCAGCCAGACCCACACACCAUGCUGCUCAGAGGACACCAUCCCCUCACAAGUGUCGGACUGUGACUACUACACGGUGGGACUGGAUCAGGACGGCGAGCAGCCGGCGUCUGACUUCGAUAAAUCCUCGACCAUCCCCAGGAACAGUGACAUCAGUCAGUCGUACCGCCGCCUGUUCCAGUCCAAGCGUCCCGCCUCCACCGCCGGCCUGCCCCCCAACCCCGCCGCCGUCAUCACCCCCGGAGUCGCCACCAUCCGACGGACGCCGUCCUCCAAGCCGAACCUGCGUCGACCCUCCGGGGGCCUCAACCUGGGCCCCAUCCCCAUCAAGCCCCCCAUGAUCCCCGUCAAGACCCCCACAGUGCCUGAUCACCCCGGUUUCCCCAGCAGGGCGAUGUCAGAGGACGGCAACACGCCGCGGACCCCCCUCAGCCCGGCCACCACACCUCUGUCCCCGGGCAGCAACGGGCCCUUUUUUCCAAAGACCCGGCCCUGUGACACCCCGCACCUGUUAAAGGAGUCCGAUCCUCCGACCCCCCCUCCGCAGCCCGGGGGGCGGGUGUCAGAGUGGGAGCGCCGGCCCCUCCCGGAGCUCCUGGAGGAGUCGGAGUACGGUGAGGUGGAGGACUUUCUGGUGGCCAUACGGCGAGGAGUCAAACUCAAGAAGACGACGACCAACGACCGAUCAGCGCCGAUGAUUUACUGAGAGGAGACGGUUUGAUGGACGUCCCUGACGCAGCUUCAGUUAUUAAACUGUUUAAGGGACACAAGAAAAAUGAAAGAAUAAGAAGUUUCCCCCGAGACGCUGGUCGAGGAUCAGUGUAAUAACCUGAUGUCAUUUUGGUUUUUGAUUUAAAGGUUCAAAAUGCACCUUCCCCGUUUGGCCAUGUUAUUAAUUUAACAGAUUAGUGGAUCAGAGUUUACAUCCAUACGCUCAUAAUGUAAAGUAUCAGACUUCUUCAGGCUGAGAAUUCUGUUGCUGGAGAAACAAACUGAAAACCUUUAGCUUCUUAAAGUGUGAGGAGUUUCCCACUGGGACCACUGAUCUGAGAUCAUCUCCUCAGGCAACUUGAGAAGGUGUGAACGUGGUGAACGAGUCUUUCUUCUUGUAGCAGAAGAAACUGAAACUAAACUAAACUUCACUGCGCGUGUUAACGGGAAGAAGUAGAGGAAAAACUCUCAAAGAGAUGAUGGAGUUAUUUUCAAAAGAUCAAAAGUGAUUUGUAUAUACAUAUUUAUGAUUUGACGUGUUUGUAUGUUUUUUUUGUCAUAUGCUCCCUUUACACCUAAUAGUCUCCUCCCAUUUCCCCUUUAAAGGUGCCAAAAGCCUUCGUGCUGAAUUUAACAUAAAUAUUCUCUAUUUAAUUGAAACGAUGCUGGAUUAGUUUUCCUGUAAAAACAUAGAUAUGGUGUUUGAACGAGAAUAAAAACAGCCUGAUAGAAAUCACUGAGCUCCUCCUGAGCUGAGGGAGGACUUGUAUAUGUAGUGUUAGCAGAGUGGAGAGGGGCAUGGAACCAUUUUAAUAGCACAUAAGGUUUUGUUGUUGCAGCCAUUAACACAUAAAGUAGAUUGACCUGCAUGUUCUUAAACUCGCCCCAGUUCAAACCAUCAGUGUGGCUCUUAAAUCACAUGUAUCAGUCAGUUAGGUUUAUAAAGUUCAUGAUGCUGAGGCCCACAGAAGGAAUGUUACUUAUUUGUUCAUUAUUUGGCUUUUUGAAAUUAAUUUUCUGUGAAGCAACAAAUCGGGAGAGAACUCGACCAGCAACAACUCCUAUUUGUGAGUUAGUCAUUGUGUAGUCGGGCCGCACACCUCUGUCUUCAUCGUUAGUUAACAUGCUGCACACCCACCACCAGGGCAGCAGCUGUACAGAGUGUGUUGUGUACACUUCAGAGUCCAUGGUUGUGUUACUACAGGUUCCUCGUUACUACCUAGACGUAGUAUUUGGAGUAAUGUGGAUUAGUGUAGGGUCUGUGGUAGUGAGGCCUCGGUUCUGUAUUUACCUGGCACAGAUGUACACAGUGAUGGACUAGUUGAAGUAUUCUUGUAAAGCUUCAGUAUUGGGACAGUUUACUACAGGUGCAGUAUUUUCAUCCUGUCACGUUCAUAUUAAAUAUUCGCUCCCUGAUUCUGCUAUAGCUUUGAAUAGAAUCUCCAAAUCUACGUAAAGGUUUUAAAGAAACUUCAUUUUGACUUUGUUUUUGUAGAAUAAUUGUAAUUUAUGUUUCUCAUUCCUAUGGUCUCACGUGGAGGCCAAUUAAAAAUACACAAAACAAUGAAGAGAUACUUAAAUUGAAGUGUAUUUCAAUUCAGACACUUAAACUCAAAUUCUGAUCUAAUAGCAUCUUAUUUUUCAUCUUUAUUCCUCUAAAGUUCAGGUACUUUAUACACCCUAAUGCACUCACACAGUAUAUUUGCACAUUAAUUAUAUUUUUAACCUAAUAUCGUUAUGUGUAGCUUUAACCACACAGUGAAAUUCCCUUGUUGAGUUUUAUACAUUGGCAAGCUAACAUAUCUGACCUAGCUAAACUAGCUAAAGCAGAGCUAGCCAGCUAACUAGCCACCAUGCUAACUACUGUAGCUCAAUUCCUGCUGAUACAUGAAAGUUCUUUCACUCUGUUAGUUCACUGUCCCUGUGAAUGUAACAUGGAGGCUAACGAGGCUAACACUAUUAGCUGUGGACAAACGGUUACAACAGAACACCAGUAGGCUCUGCUGUGUAUUAAUAUCAAUGUGUCACCGCAACAAAUAUAUAAUAACCCUAUGUUAGCUCGUAGGCUAAUUACUAAAUGUCAAAUACCCCGUUGAAUUAAAACCGAACUUGUGUUAGCGAGUGAUUAACAAGCUGAAAUAUGCUAAACCCCCUUGUUGCUACUUAGAUACUCGUCACCACAAGUCAAAUGAUUAAUAUAGUUAUUCAAUUGAAUAUUAUAAUUCAUUUCAUUUGUUGUUUACCAGGUUCUGAUCUCCAAACUGUACUAUUGAGCAAAUGAAACCUAAUGUAUUUAAUAUGCAUGUUAUUUUUUAGUUAAAGAUUUAAUAUAGACAGCUUUUUUCUACUGAAACGUUUCUUUGUCCACCUCCGCUGGUCUAAUGGACCAGGAAGCAUUUUAGAUACCGUCCACCGCCUGCUCCCUGUCCCUCCAGGGGUCCUCGAUGUUUCAUAUUCCGUGUGACGGCAGUUUGACGCCCUGUAUGACGACUGAAGUCGGUUUCAUAUUCGCUCUGUGGAUUCUCCAGGUUAACGAAUAGAAUCGUGAAGCUGAUGCGGUGAAACGUGCGUGAAGCUGAAUGUUCGGGCCUGAGAGGAACUGUGUGUGUCAGUGAUCUGAACGAUGCCGACACACACUGACCGGUCGCACAGUGAUGAUAACAUCACAUUUAAUUAUCUUUUAUAUUAUUAUUAAAAUCCCUUUUGAUCUAAAAUCCCUCGUCCAGUCGUCGGUGUGUGUCGAGGUCGUUCAGGCUCUGAGCUGUAAGUAUCAGCUGUCUGUGUGUUUCUGACCUUUAAUGUUUGACCUUUCAUUUGAGACAAGUUGCCAAAAGUUUGACAGUAUAUUCAAAAUGAUGCGCUGGGUUUGAUUUUAAUUUUUGUUAAUAUUUUCUACAUAAUGUUCUUGAUUCAGGAGUUGUUUUCACUGAUGGAUGUUUCCUGUUGGAGUCAAUCUGUCACCUGAUGCAGCCACAUUUAAAAAGUCUUUAUUCACUUUGUGCCAUAGCAGGAAUUAUCUAAUUUUGGAAUGAAGGUAGAACUGAUGCAGGACUGUCACUUCCUCAGAGCCUUGAGAUUUCAGUUUGUCAGGAGUUUUAUGAAAUGUCUUUGGGAAUGAAUAUUAAAAAUAUAAACACAACAUAUUAUCUUCUUUACUUCUGAGCAAGUAGAGGAGUCAGAGAACAAACAUGUUGAGUAGGAAAAUCUGAAACCAGAGAAACUUGGAUGAGUUUCAUUGAUGAAAUAUUGCUUAUUAUAUAUAUUAUAUUACUAAACUACCCCUUCCAAUUCUUAUAGUAUCAUUAAAAAGAUCAUAUUAAUUUGGAAGAAAACUAAAUGUAUAUCCUGUUCAAAUAUAAUCCACUACUCCAAGAUUAAAAAUAUAUUAAAUGAUUUUGAAUCCUGAUUUAUUUGGUCUCAUUUAAAACUGAAGAAUUAAUUAAAUAAAAACAUUUGAAAUUUAAAUACAUUUUAGCUCAAACUGAUUAAUAUUAUUUUUGUCCCUAAAUGUAAAAUAUUUUAUCUGACAUCUCAAGACAGUAAAAUGUUCAGAUUACAAAUCAUAAUCUAAGAUGACAGCUGUUCGUCCGAUCCACUUAAUCCAUGAACAUUACAUUUCUCAGCAUUUAGGAGGGAAACAUUAAUUAUUGAAUAUCAGGCGUCAGACUUGAUCUGUGGCGUUAGAAGUGAUGCAACCUGUUGUUAUUAACAUUAUUUUUCUAAUGACUGUUUCACCUCUUGUGUGUUAUGUUUCAUGUUCAUUUCCUGAAAACUAUCUGUCUCCUGUUUUCUAUGUAUACCAGCUUUUUUGGGCUAAAUAAUAAAAUCGUAGCAAACGAUGUGCAUCUCA